GCCCGGCCCCUUCCGUCCGGUCCCGUCGGUGGCGGCCAUGGCUGACGAGGUGCUGGCUCUGCGCGAGCAGCUGGUGGCCGAGGCCACCUGCCCCUUGUGCCUGGAUUUGUUCGAGCAGCCCGUGCUCACGGCGUGCGGGCACAGCUUCUGCGGGCAGUGCCUGGCGGGCGUGCUGGGGAACCCGCCGCGCUGCGCCGCCUGCCCGCAGUGCCGCGCCCCGGUGGAGCCGGGCUCGCUGCGCCCCAUCCGCCCCCUGGGUAACGUGGCCGGGCUGGCCCGGUGCCUGGAGGAGGUGGCGGCGCGGCCGCGGUGUGCCCAGCACGGCAAGCCCCUGGCGCUGUUCUGCGAGCCCUGCGCCGCGCUGCUCUGCGCGCUCUGCCGGGACGGGCCCGAGCACCGGCGGCACCGGGUCCGCCCCGCCGAAGAGGCCGCCCGGGAGCUGCGGGAGACACUCCAGGGCAACUUGCUUUCUCUACAAGAACAGAAGGAAAAAUGGAAGCACCUAGGAGACCAGAAAAGUGAAGACCUGCAGAUGAAGGUGAUGUGGGAGCUGCAGCGUGUGCCCGAGACCUUUGAGGAGCUGCAGCGGUGCAUGGAGGAGCAGAAGAAGAUGCUGCUGGCCCAGCUGGAGCAGAAGUUCCAGGAGCUGGUCAAUAAGAGCGAGGAAUACACGUCCAGGGUUUUGGAGAGGCAGUCGCUGCUGGACACGGUGAUUGCACAGAUCCAGGAGAAGCGGGACCAGCCGGCGGUCCAGUUCCUCACGGAUGUUGGCACAGUCCUGAGCAGCUGUGAGGCAGCCAAGGCCCCGAUCCCAGAGCCGGUUUCCCCAGAGCUGCAGAGGAGCAUUGAGAGCCUCUCUGAGAAGAGCCAGUGGCUUGUGGACAUGGUGGAUAAAUUGAGAGUGAGCCUGCGGAGAGAGAUAGACUGGGGCAUAAGGGAGCAGGUGAGGUUGGACCCAGAGACGGCGAAUCCUUGCCUGAUCCUUUCAGACGACUGCAAAACGGUCCGGUACAGCGCUGGAAAAAAAUACCUCCCUGACACCCCCAAGAGGUUCACGGCCAGCCUCAGUAUCCUGGGCUCCCAGGGGUUCACGUCUGGGAGGCAUUACUGGGAGGUGGAGGUCGGGGAAGAGGGCUGCUGGGCCCUGGGGGUGGCCAUGGAGUCCGUGCCGAGGAAGGAGUCUCUCGACCUGCACAGAUUUGAGAAUGUCUGGGCCCUGCAGUUGGACUGGAGGGGCCAGUACAGAGCAGUCUGCAUGAGCCCUUACCCGCUGGCACUCAAGGAAAAACUCCAGAGAAUCAGGGUCUGCCUGGACUACGAAGCGGGCCAAGUGACCUUCUACAACACAGAGGACAUGUUCCAGAUCUUGCAGUUGGACGCCACUUUCACUGAGGAAGUCUUCCCAUAUUUUUGGGUCUUUUCAGAAAAAACCCAGAUCCGGGUGUGUGACUGACAGGGUGGGAUGGCUGCCGGGCCCCUGCCCGUGCCCUUGGCUGGCUGAGCAGGGAGGAGCUGUGCCAAUGACACGGCAUCACACUGCAGCCCCACUGCAGCUCUGCCUGGGCUGGAUCCUCUCUGCAAUUUUCUGCAUCUCCUCCUUCUAAAUCCUUUGGAACAUUAAAGAAGUGCUGUCCUGCCCGGGGGUGUCAGCGUGGUGCUGUCCUGGCUGGAUGCCGUGGUGAUGGUGUCCUACCCCUCCCUGUGGGCACUGAGACCACAGAAUAAUCGGGAAGGAGGAGGGAAGGGGCUCUGAUUGUCCAUGCCAGCCUUUGGCAGCACUGCAGGGCUGGUGGCAGCUGGGCUGGGCUGGCCUGGAGGGUGCAGCCAUCCCAUACUCGGGAAGCCAGGCUGGAGCCAUGAUAAUGGUGCCUUGAGUUUUAGCUUUCAUAUUUUUUUGAUUCUGUGCUGCUUUGGUGCGUAGUUCUGAGCUUCAUGUUAAGUGUUAGCAAGUUCUCUUCACAGGGUAGGUAGACAAAACAAUCUUUUUCUAGCUUGAGACCGAGGAUACAAAGGCCCGGCCCAAAAAGUAAAAACAACGGUGAAUUGAACAGAGAGAAACAAAGCGGAUGGAACUUCAUAACCUAAAGCUGUAAUUGGACAAUUAACUCCAAUAUGCAAAUAGACCAAAACUUAUAAGUGAGAGACUUCGUGAGCGCUCCUCCAUUUUGUGCCUACUUUGGGUCCAUCUUGGGCGUAGCCCUGGCCAGGCUCUUGUGCUGCCCAAGAUGUAGCCAUUAAGGCGUUUUACUAAAUACCUGCUUUAUUUGUUAACUCUGUCUAGCCCCUGUUACAGGUCAACCUCCAUAAGGCCUCAGUUCUGGCACCCCAGAUGGGACAGAACCCACAAUCCCUGGCUUAGGAAGGCAAUGCCUUAUGCAUUAGUGGUGAUAACUGCUCAAAAAGUUUGUAAAAAGGAAAAUGUUCAGGAAGCGAUAUCAGGAGUGAGGGCACCUGGAAGAGCAGCGGGAGCUGGGGGUGUGAUGGCGAUCUCUGAGAUCUGGCGUGCAAGAUUUUAUGUGGAGUACAAGUGGGGGACUGUCACGUCUCCCUUCUCCUGCUCUUCUGUCUGUGAACCCCAUCCUGGUGUCACAGGGAUGUGCACUGCCUUAUUUCCCCAGCCGCUCACCAAACGCCUCAUAAAUGGCUUUUGUUCUCAUUUGAUGAGAAAUUAUGUGGGAAGGGCUCUUUGAGGAGAAAUAUAUGAGGAGGGCUCUUUGUCUUAGUGAGGCGGUGUUAUCUGCUGAGUUUGUGCCUUUUUUCUUUCAUGUUCCCCCUUUUCCCCUCACGCCCAAGCUAAAGGGAGACGGCCGGAAACAUGGCGGCAAAGGGGCGCCGCUGUGAGGCGGGAACUACAUUCCCCAGCAUGCAACGCAGGGAGCGGUAACGCGGCGCGCCUGCUAGGGACUCUGGGAAAUGUAGUCCUUCCCCCACUCUGGCGCGCAUUCCCCCCACUCCGGUUCCCUUGCGUUUCUAUUGGUCCAGAGCGACGCC